GGCGCGUUCGCGGCGCCAGCACCACGGACAGUUCCUCUGCUGCUCGAAUCAGCUGCGUCAUACCUGGAGCGGCGGCUCGAGACCCGGGAUCGGAACCGGCGGUGCCAAGUGGACAGAAUGGUGAAGGUGGGCAGUAAUUUCGGGGAGAAGAGCAGCGCGAAGCCCGGGUCCGAGGACGGCUUCGACACCAUCCCGCUGAUGACCCCGCUGGACGUGAACCAGCUGCAGUUCCCCCCGCCCGACAAGGUGGUGGUGAAAACCAAGACGGAGUACGAUGGCGACCAGAAGAAGGGCAAAUUCCGCUCCCCCAAAAUCGCCGAAUUUACAAUCAGCGUCAUCGAAGGCGUCUCGGAGCGACUCAAAGUCACCCUGCUAGUGCUCUGCGCUCUCGCGUUUCUGGUCUGUGUCGUCUUCCUGGUCGUCUACAAAGUGUACCAGUACGAGCAGCCUUGUCCCGAAGGGUUCCUCUACACGCAGGGGCGGUGCAUGCCGGCCGGGGUCUACAGCUACUACCCCCCGCAGGGGCCAGGAGGGCGCGGCCGCCUCUUCACCAUCAUCAACCACUACAACGUGGCCAAGCAGACCAUCACACGCUCCGUCUCCCCCUGGAUGACCGUCAUGUCUGAAGAGAAGGUCUCUCAGCAGGAGAUGGAGACGUCCCAGAAGCUGGCCUAAAGGAGCACAAAAAUGACAGCCACAUAGAUGCACCAGAAUGUAUACACACACACAUGCACGCACGCACACGCACACACACGCACACGCACACGCACACACACACGCACACACACACGCACACACACACGCACACAGAUGCAUGCUUGCCCGGUUACACCCAGCUGCAGCCCCACAAGAAACCCUUCGCCAAUCCAGCUUCACAGACACAAUCUAAAGCAAAAUAUCACUUUAUAUUCAGAGAGCAAAUAAACCUCUUCGGUACUGUAUUCAUCAUCCUCGCGCUGAGCUCUGCCCAAGUCGUCCGGCUUCGUCCUGCUUCCCAGCUCAUUCAUCAACGCAUUUACGUAUUACCCACGAUGCCCCUCAAACGGUCUUCUCACCGAAUUAGUAAGGGCAGCUCAGGGCACGGCGUUCGCCGCAGCACACCCGAGAGCUUCGCAAGAGGCCUGGGCCACGAGGUACCAGUGCGACGGGAUGUCCAGCACCGUCACGCUCGAGUCCUCGGUCCCGCUUAGCCCACCCGCUAGGAAUUCAAGCGGGGGGUGUGUCGGCUAAUCUGAGCGCGUGGGCAUUCGCCGCAGCCCUUUCUCUCUUCGGCAUCAUUGAUGUUUCUCUGCUUUCUUUUGACCGCUCACCUGCGGCUUAACAAGGCCGUCUCUUCGGCUGCCCCCUACCGUGCCAUGCGUCUCCUGCUGUGGGCGUGGCCUCCGUCCAACGCGGUGCAACGCAGCGCCUCUUGGUCAGGACCACCCCCGCCGUUCACUCCUCCGGUCAAACUUGGGCUCCGAUCCCCAUCCCAUCAUUUCUCUGAGUCACCUCCUCUUAGCCAUGAUGACUGAACGGUCAGCUUUGCCUACAGAAUGGGGGUGGGGGUGUCAGAUUUACUUCACAGUCCAUGUUAGCAUCAAAUCGAGUCACUUUGGGUGAACAUCCUAUUUUUUAGAGUUAGACAAAAGCAGAACAACCUACAUGAGCUGUACAUGAGCGAAAGCUGUAGAAAAGCACUGUAACUGUAUUUCGCAUUACUGUCUACAAGUAUAUCCUUUGUGGCAUGUUUCGUACCGAGGGAAACAAACGGCAUUACAGAGCAUCUUCUGCUGAAUUGGGUUCGGUGAUUCGGGCAGUAAAGGUGGCGAUGGCAGCGUCGAAGCGAAAGUGACGAACAAUAAAGGUCGAGUGGAAAGCGUCUCCGGGUCUCUGUCAUUCCGCUCCGAUGAGGGACGUUAACGAGUCAACAUCUGCGGCUCAGUGACAGUAACGCAGUUGUUCUGAAACCCGCUGAAAGGAAAAUCAUCUCCCUGCUUGUGCUCGUAUUGAGGACUCAACCCUUGUUAAUCGUACCUUGUACACCACAAGGGCACGUGUGUGAGCUCAGCGCUCCAUCAAAGACACAGAGAACAGCAAGGCUUUUCUCUUUACUGUGCAAAUGUUCUUUUACUCAAAGCAAAACUUGGCAAUUUAGGGUAAGUACCUUGCUCAAGGGUACUACAGCUGGGGGUGAGAUUGGAACCAACAACCUUUGGGUUUAAUGGCAGCAGCUCUAAUCACUAUAGUACCAGCUGCCUCUGAUCGAGGCAUUAUUGGUGUGGCGUCACACUGACUUUUGGCUUAGUGUAAACUGGGCCAGAACAAGUGUAGAGGGUAUUUUUCUAGGGGGAAUAAACGUUCGUCUCAAUGAAACCUUCAAGUUCACGUCUAGAGCUCGAUGUCAUGAUGAAGCUGCUUGGAUGUAGAAGUACAAAACAAGUUAAUUCGGGCAGGAAAAAAAAAAAAAAACAAAACAAACUGACUAGUUGCUGCUUAAAUCAAAAGCUGAAUGUUUUAUUAAGUUUGCACAGAUUUGUAUCGUUAUCCAUUAUUAAAUAUUGUACAUAUUAAAUUAUCAUAUAAAACCAUCAGACGCGGCGGACAUGUAUUAAAUGCGUAACUCACCUCAAAUGACACCGAAAUUUGCCGCAACAUCUCACAGUAAGGAGUUGUGACUGAAUUAUAACCGGAACAGCCGGUAGCGUAGUGCUGCUGUCUUCUGCCCCACAAGUUGCAGGUUUGAAUUCUA